CCUCAGUGAAUUUGUCAACACAAACAAAACCACGGACAAUCAGAUGUCGUAAAAUGUGCGAAAACCUGUUUUCUGCCUUCUGUGAUGGCGAUACAAAGAGACAGGAACUGGUCCGGACCUGGUUGUCUCACUUACUGUGCGACUCCCGGAGGUUGAUUGACUCCGUACUGCUGUGUCAUCACUCCAAGGAUGAACAGAAGGUGACCAAACUCAAACAUAGCCUUCAGGAACUCGGACCGGUGACCGUCACCUCCAAGGAUGAGGGGUCAGCGGCGGAGGGGGGCGGGGGCUUCAGCGAGGACCUGGUUAUCUUCUGCCUCUCCGUGGAGUACGUCCAGAGCUCCGAACAGUUUGUCAGAGAUGUGAAUACUCUAAUGGAAGGAGAGAACGAAGUGACCUAUUUUAUGAUGGAGGACAACUUUAAAGAGUUAAAGAAGGAUCUAAAUUCUAGAGGAAUAACGAAAGAAACAGUUUUCUUUUUCGAAGAACCAGAUGUUCCAUCUAUAUUCAAAAUUUACAAAAGAAAGAAGAAAGAAUGUUCCAAAACGAAAACUGUUUACGUAAGCAGUUGUUACGAUGCAUCAUCAGAGAUGGAACGUAUAAGUGCAAUGAUGUCAUCAAUCACAACACUAAGUUACGUCGUUCCUAAAAAGAGGAGAUCGUUUGCCAAUAUGACGAAAGAGGACUGGAACCUUACCUCAAAUCAACUAACUUCAUCAGACGAGUACCUGUUAUUGUUAUCCAAUGGUUAUUUCAAUGACGACAUUUGUUUACUUGAAUGUGAACUAAUAAGACGAAGGGGAAAGAAAAUCCACGUAAUAGAUGUACGGUCACACAGCAGAAAAACAGACCCGACAUGGCUACAAACCCUGCACAAAAUUAAAUACGAAUAUGACGAUGAUGUCAUGAGUGUUUUGGUGUCGUAUAUUCUGGAGGAACAACAAGAAUGCAACUCGAUCAUCAUCAGUUUCCAUCCAUCCGAUUCAAUCAAUGCCGAGGAGUGUCGAAAGAUUUUCCGGACCAGCUUAUCGCAAUGCAAGGUUUGCCUCACAACUGAUUUCCCGGAAUCAAAGAAGCUUUAUCAAAAAAUUAUGAAAUGCCAAGCGGUAGUUUUGUGUGUAUCAAAGGCGUAUAUGGCGGACAAGAAAUGUCGCAAAGAGGCUGAAAUUGCGCAUGUGAUGUGGAAGAAACUGAUUCCAAUAAAUUUAUAUGCCGACCCCGUUGACAUGGAACAUCCUAAAUGGUUGAUUAAAAUCAUUGGCCACAGUCAAUUCGUGGACCAAAAGGAACUUGAAGACCUUCUUAACCAAAAUGUUCUACUGAAUGAGGAUAAUCUGAAACUUGAGAAUUGGAUCCAACGAAAUAUCACCGUACCACUUCAUUCUGAAAUCUCCACACAGAUAGAACGGUGUCGUGGAUGUAGAGGGGGACCCGAACAUACGGUAACGGACGCCUUCGGGAAGGUCGAGGUGUUCGCAGAGGGUGGGCUGGAACGGCGAGCAGCAAUGUACGUGCGCCUUAGUACCAAGUCAGACUUGAAGACUGUGUCCUCCCUCAUCAUCGACCAGUGGAAGCUAGAACAGCCACGCCUGCUGAUCUCCGUGACGGGCGAGGGGUCUCAGAUCAUCAAAAACCCCAAGAAGUGUCGCGCCAUCACCAACGCUCUCCAGAACAUAGUCAAAGAAAAAGGGGUUUGGUUCACGACAGAUGGCGCUACUUCAGAAAUCUCAGAAGUUAUCGGCAGAGUAGUUGAGAAAGAAGAUGUCAAUGAAAGGCCAAUAGUGAUCGGAAUUGCAUCUUGGGAAUAUCUCAGAAUGAAUGAACAUCUCGUCACCAAAAACGGGUUUGGGAGAUGGCCAGCUACUUACAACACACGAGAGGCCCUGAAAGCGAAAGGAGAAUACCACCUAAACCCCUUUUGCUCUCAUUUUCUUCUUCCUCACAAAUGUGCAGUGGUAAGCGAUAAUGGCGACUGCUGCGUAAUUUCAACGGCAAAUUUCAGAUCAGAAUUCGAGGAAUACAUACGGCAGGGAAAAUACAAUGUUCAAGCUUCAUAUUGUCCUGAACCCAUACCCUCCUUACUGCUGCUUGUGGGUGGAGAUCCGCUGCAAUCGCUCAGUAUGGUCAAACGUUCUCUGGACGCCAAGAGACCCGUCGUCGUUCUGAGGGGAACUGGAGGUUUUGCCGAUACAUUAGCAUACGCAUUUAAGACCGGAAGAAGCGAGGAAUCGAGGAUUUCCGACAUUCUCACUCACCCAGAGCGGCGUUUUAUAAGCUUUGUCAACCUUAAUGAUGACCACUGCGGACUUGGCCAAACCAUUCUAGAUGUUCUCCUUAAUAGCAUCUCAGAUGACGAACAGAAACUGAGUCUUGCUUUGGGAUUUAAUAACAGCGAAAAGGCCAUGGAACAUGUUUUCUUCGACAACAGAAAAACUCAACAUUUAGAAGACUCGUUUAUGACGGAACUAAUGCUGAAAGCGAUGAGAGAGGGGAAGAUUGACUUCGUGCGACUCCUCAUUUCGGAGUGCAUUGAUAUACAGAAGUUCCAGCUGAAUAAUAGGGACAAACUUUACGCAUCAAAAUAUCUACCUGACGAACUUAGAAGACAGUUAGGCUGGGAUGUGGUCCCCAGCAUCGACAACAUCCGCCGAUUCGUGGUCCGUAAUAUAACAAUGGACGUCUUCGCAGAAAAUAACAUCCCUGUGGAGAUGAAAGAUAAAUAUGCUGACGAUCCUUAUUUCUACCUGAUGGUGUGGUCCAUUCUUAUGAUGGAUCUUCACGAGCUGUCGGUAUUCUUUUGGCAGUAUUGCGAAGAACCCCUCCCCUCGGCGCUGAUUGCCUCGGGGAUAAUACGGAAGCUGAGAAAAGGUUGUCAGGUGACCAACAAAAUCCUGGCUGAUAAACUUCUAAAACAGGAGAAGGAGUUCAUCAAGCUAUCGUGUGACGUGCUCCAGGAGUUCUUUGAGAGUAACCCUGAGGAUACAGAGCGACUCCUCACCAGGAACCGCCCCCGCUGGCGCAACCUCUCCUGUCUGGAAAUCGCCUUCCGGUUGAAACACAGACCGUUCAUGUCCCACGAAGCGUGCAAGAUCCCUAUCAAUAAGAUCUGGUUUGGACGUAUAUCUCCUGAAAAUAAUUCGUUUCGGAUGACCAUUUCCGUUUUUUUCCUUGGUUUAUUCCCAUUUGUGCUGAAAUUUAUGGAGGAACCACGUGACACUUCAUGUAAUCAAGAUAAGAACCAGACGGGAUGCUGUAGAAAUAACUGGCAGAAAAUGAGGGAUCGUAUAAAAGAAUUUUACACAGCUCCAAUCAUGCGAUUUUCACAUACAAUGGCGUCCUAUCUGCUGUUUUUGAGUCUGUUCAGCUACACCCUACUGGUCGGGUUUUCGGAACACACUGACUGGCGAGUCCUCCUAGUGUAAUGCUGGGUGUUUACUCUAAUGCUGGACCAAAUUAGAGAGCUUCUAAAUGGUAUUGAUGAAAACAAGACUUACUUUGGCCAGAAGUACGCUAGAGAGCGUCCGUCCGUUCUACAAGUCUACUUCCGGGACAAGUGGAACUAUUUUGACGUCACAAUCCUCUGCUUCUUCGUCAUUGCUGUGGUUCUUAGUUUUGUGCCUUCUUACACCGCGGAGGAAUUUGCAAGAGUUUUUCAUGCAAUUAGUCUCGUUGCGUUUUUCAUGAGAAUAUUGAAAACUUUCUCUGCCAUUGAAGAGUUGGGACCUAAGCUGUGGAUGAUUUCUGCGAUGGCCAAGGACCUGAUGUACUUUGUUAUCAUUCUGAUGGUGUUCGUGGUCUCGUAUGCAAUAGCCGCCUACGCUGUCAUCUACCCAGACUCCAAACUCGACCUUGACCUCGUGUUUAGUGUCCUCAGACUGGGCUACUGGAACCUGUAUGGCGAACUGCUCCUGGAAGACCUGGAAGCCGAGGAGCCGGCCUGUUCCUUUGACCCCGCGGUGUACGAGGCGGGGACCCUACCCAGGUGUGCGGUCAAACACCGCAGGCUGGUGGGAUUCGCCAUGAUGGGCAUCUACCUUCUGUUUGCCAACGUCAUGCUGCUCAAUAUCCUCAUUGCGAUGUUCAGUGACACGUAUCAACGGAUCCAGACUCAACGGAACCAGAAGUGGAACUAUGAACGAUACGGCCUGGUGAAGGAGUUCCAGAGAGUGCCCGUAAUUCCUAUGCCGCUAGGGGCCAUCAUCUACAUACACUACAUGGUCAGGUGGAUGUACCGGAAAUUCAAGAAAUGCACGGCCGUGGACCAUACCAAACCAGUUUUAACAGGGAAAGUCUUAAUCGAAAAUGAAAUGCUAACAGACUUAGAGAGGGAAUGCGUUUAUAUGUUUAUGAAAAAGAAACAGGAAGAAGACGACGCCAGUACACCGAUGACGUCACUUGAUGUUUCUAAUAUUCCACCAGCACGUACUUUACGAGUGAUCUCGCGCAAACACAUCAUAACCGUGCGGUCAUCUGAAAUGGGGAGCAAAUUCGCCUUGUCGCUGUUAAACAUAAUAUUAUACUUUCUUGGUAUCACAGUGGGCUAUACACCUGAAACCAAUCUUGGUAAGUGUUUCGAGGGCACCUCUGAAGGAUACAUAUUGUUAUUUGACCGCUCGUUCGUCGAUUGUGUCCGUGAGUGUAAAAGGAGACCCCGUUGUCAGGCUCUCCGGUACGACCGCCGAGUCCUGAUCUGUAUGCUGUACCCUACAGACCAAAUCCCAAAGAGAGACAUCAGCGGCUGUUAUCAGGCUUUCAGAUGGGAAUUUAUUCACCGAUUUGCAUUAGAGGGUAUAUGCGAAGAGCACCAUACAAAAUGUAACCCAAAUGAAACAUGUUCAUUAAAUACAACGACCAUGGAGCCCUUCUGUGAAAUAUUAGAUUGUGCAGAAAGGCCCUCAAGAUUUGCACCCAAUACUGAAAUGGUGCACUAUGUGGAUAGCCAAGUUGGGGCUCGGGCUAAAAUUCAAUGUAAAAGCUUCAUCGAAUCGUCUGGAGGGACAAAGUGUGCUGUUUGUACAGAACAAGGGAAGUGGAAAAUGGACAUUCAGUGCAAAGUACCCGAGUCUAUACUAAAAGACUGUACAGAGCUGUUUGCCGAGAACAAGACCCUUAAGAGUGGACAUUACAACAUCUCUCCGGACCGCAAAGUUGUAAAAAGUGCUUACUGUAAUAUGGAAACCGAAGAAGGAUGGACGGUAGUACAGAGAAGAAUUCGGAAGGAUGGGAGCCUCAACUUUACUCGAAAAUGGAGAGAUUACAAAGCUGGUUUUGGUGAGGCGACAGGGAACUACUGGAUAGGUAACGAUGCAUUGCAUGCGUUGACGAAGAGCGCCAACAUCCUACGGAUCCAGCUAACAACCUUCAACGGCUCGACUGUACAGGCCGAGUACAGUAAUUUAAGCGUCUCUGAUGAGUCGGCGAAUUAUGCAAUGACAUAUGGCAAAUAUGUAAAGGGAUCUGCGGGCGAUGCACUUGGUGGAACAGGACUACAGUUUCAGGCCAAGGAUAUGUCGUUCUCAACAGUAGAUAAGGACAAUGAUCGGUACAAUGAUGGGAGCUGUGCCCGGAAAAUGAGGGGUGGGUGGUGGUACAACAAAUGUUCAACGUCCAAUCUGAAUGGGAAGAACUGUGAAGAUGGUGAGAGUUGCAUGACUUGGCAAAAAACUAGUAAUAAUUUGCGUGGACAUAAGGAUUCCGUUAUCAUGAUAUCGACGAAGAACAGCAAUAUUAAUGGAUGACGAUUGCAAUACCGAUAGCAUAUUCUUACAGGAAAAAAAAAUGUUUCAGGUCGUGUAAUAAUUUUAGAAAGGGUCAGUAGGAAAAUCAAAACACUCUCCUUGAUAAUUUAUUCAGGUAUGGUUGCAAAAAAAAAAAAUAACUCGCUAAAUCUUCUCUCAUAUGUAUCAAAAUUAUAGAAUUGAAAUAUACUUGUAAAUAAAUUAAAAAAAUAUUGGUGUUGAAUUUGAACUUGAAACUCUAUUAAAAGCAAAUAUUCUUUUCAAAUAAAUUGUGAUUUUUUCCCCAAAUGUACAUAACUCCCGAACGUUCAUGAUGAAUGCAAUAAAUUGUUUAUUGUUCCAAACGACAGAUAAUAAUUUGGAAAAUACAUAACUCGCUAAAUCUUCUCUCAUAUGUAUCAAAAUUAUAGAAUUGAAAUAUACUUGUAAGUAAAUUAAAAAAAUAUUGGUGUUGAAUUUGAACUUGAAACUCUAUUAAAAGCAA